CACCUGCAUGUACUCGACUCCCAUUGCACGUCAGUCAUCCUUACGAAUCAAGAAAGCAUUGGUUGUCCGUCCGUCCAAUCACCCACCAUGUCAUCAACGAAAUCACGUGCCGAAAUCGACAGCAUCCUGUCCGCCAUCCCGCACAAAGCACGAGGCCCCGGCGGUUCAGCAGCGGUGAUCAAAGAUGGCGAGGUCGUCUCCCAACUGUCAUGGGGCUAUGCGAAUCUGGAACAACGGGUGCCCAUGAGCGCCACCACGGUACUGCCCAUAUGUUCCAUUUCGAAGCAGAUGGUUUGCUUGGCUAUGACUUCGCUAUGCCGCAAUCCUACCCCCGCGAUGCUCAUGAAGGACCAGAGUCCGUGGGAGCUGAUGACGGCGGAGAUGAAGAGACUUUUGCCGCAUCUUGAUGGACAUCCGGGUGGGGAGCUCCGCUUGGAGCAUUUGUUUAAUAUGCAAUCGGGGAUUCGCGAUUAUUGGGUUAUGACUACUCUAUACGGCGCGUUUCCCGACCAGGCCUUCUCAAUCUCCUCCGAUGCCCCCAAGACCCUCGAUCUAACAAAGUCCUUCCACUUCAAACCGGGCAGCGAAUUCUCCUACUCCAACGUCAACUUCUUCGUCCUCGGCCGUAUCCUAGAGAAUGUCUCUGGCCAAUCCCUCUCCCAGCUUCUGUCUGAACGUGUCUUUGUCCCCGCCGGCAUGACGACCGCCUCCCUCUACAUCAACACCCAAGGCAUCCCCCUCCCGAUCGUAGGCUACGAAGGCACCGAAGAACUCGGCUACUUCCCCGCCGUCAACCGCAUCGAAUGGGCCGGCGACGCAGGCAUCGGCGCCUCUCUCGCAGACAUGAUAGCCUACGAAAGGUACCUGCAAGCCAGCUACUCCGAUGCCUCAAGCCUAUACCACCACAACUCGCAACAGCAGAAGUUCAACGACGGAAUGCCCGCGAGCUACGGUUUCGGCCUGGGACGCGUGAAACUCGCGGGCAAGGAAGUCAUCGGGCACGGCGGCGCGCUUCGCGGUUUCCGCCUGCAGCGCGUCCACAUGCCGUCGGAGCAACUCUCCGUCAUCAUCAUGCUGAACUUCGAAAAUGCCAAAGGGAGCAUCGUAGAGGACAUUUUCAAAGCGGUGCUGGGACACACCGACCCAGAGCCCGCGACGCACAUCACUGCGGCCGCAGAAUGGGCGGGCAGCUAUCUCGACGAGGGCACGCAACUGCAUACCAGCGUCCGCACGGUCGCCGACAAACCCGGCAAAGUCCUGAUCGAUUAUAACCGGGCGGAAGAAACGUUCGACCUCACCUCCGCCAGCCAAGCAGAGUGCAAACAAGGCGAAGCGACAAUCGAAGGCGACGUCCUAACCCUCAAGCGCACCGACGACAACCGCAUCGCGCGCGCCCACCGCCUCGCCAAAGCGAGCGAAGAAGCAGUCACGAACGUCAAAGGCGCAGACUACGCAGGCGUCUACCGGUGCGAAGAGUCGGAGUCUACAUUCCUCUGCACGGGCGAAAAGGGCACGCUUUACGGGGCUUUUGAUGGCUUUCUGGGCAAGGGGCCGGUGUGGUUGAUGCGGUAUAUUGGCGAGGAUGUGUGGAUUCUGAGCUGUCCGCGUGGAAUGGAUGCCUCUCCGCCGGGAGACUGGACGCUCGUGUUCCAUCGGAGUGGCGGUGCCGUGACGGGCGUGACGAUCGGUUGCUUUCUCGGGAGGAAGGUGGAGUUCAAAAAGCAGUCGUGAAGCGUUCACGUCGGGAAAACAGGAUAAGACUAGACA